ACAGAAAAUGAGCUUACUAGAGGAGGAUUAAAAAUAGGAAAGAAAAAAGAAUAAACCCCUUGCCCCUCCCUUAAAGAAAUUGAGCAGCUUCUGAAUACUGGGCGGCCCUCUUGCAACCACGUUGAUGAAGUAUGGCCUAAUCUCUUCUUAGGAGACCUAGUAACAGCUCACAACAGAUUUAUUUUGUGGAAGAUGGGUGUGACCCAUGUUUUAAAUGCUGCCCAUGGCACAAGGUACAGCCACGGAGGCCAGGACUUUUAUGGAGCGACCAUCGAUUAUUAUGGUGUACCAGCCUAUGACCUGCCAAGCUUUGAUAUAAGCCAGUUCUUUUUCUCUGCAGCACAAUAUAUCCACAAUGCCUUGAACACGCCAGGAGCUAAAAUUUUGGUACAUUGUGCAGUUGGAGUAAGCAGGUCAGCUUCCCUAGUCCUAGCAUAUCUCAUGAUAAAUCACCACCUACCACUAGUUGAAGCCAUCAAAACAGUGAAGGAACAUCGAUGGAUUUCACCCAAUCGUGGCUUUCUGAAACACCUGCGAAACCUGGACGUUCAGCUACGGCAAAAGAAGGACUGCUGA